GCUAGGGGAAGUGACGUCACAGCGUGAUGGCGGCGGCUCCCUUAGGCAGCUGAAGGGGGUUUUAGGCCCGGAAGAUCCGAGUCCAUCCGCGGCGGGGAGAGGGCUAGAGGAGCCGAUAGGGGCCGGAGCAGGGGCAGCGGCGCUCGGACUGUCCCAUCCGCCCCUUAUUGAGGCUCUGGGAGCAGCGGAGCGGCCGGAAAGCGAUGGUGAAAGCCGGGCCGUGAGGGGGGCGGAGCCGUCACCCGGACCCGCAGUAGCGGCAGCAGCGGCGCCGCCUCCCCGGAGCUCAGACCCAGGAAGCGGCGGGGAGGACAGGAGCGAGUCGGGCCGCCGCCAUGGAGCUGAGAGUCGGGAACAGAUACCGGCUGGGCCGGAAGAUCGGCAGCGGCUCCUUCGGAGACAUCUAUCUCGGUACAGACAUUGCUGCGGGAGAGGAAGUUGCCAUCAAACUUGAAUGUGUCAAGACUAAACAUCCUCAGCUGCACAUCGAGAGCAAGAUCUAUAAGAUGAUGCAGGGUGGAGUGGGCAUCCCCACCAUUCGCUGGUGUGGGGCGGAAGGAGACUACAACGUUAUGGUGAUGGAGUUACUGGGCCCCAGCCUGGAAGAUCUCUUCAACUUCUGCUCAAGGAAGUUUAGUCUCAAAACUGUCCUGCUCCUCGCUGACCAAAUGAUCAGUCGUAUCGAGUACAUUCACUCAAAGAACUUCAUUCACCGAGAUGUGAAGCCGGAUAACUUCCUCAUGGGCCUGGGCAAGAAGGGCAACCUCGUCUACAUCAUUGACUUUGGGCUGGCCAAGAAGUACCGGGAUGCCAGGACCCACCAGCACAUUCCCUACCGCGAGAACAAGAACCUCACCGGCACUGCACGCUACGCCUCCAUCAACACCCACCUGGGCAUUGAACAAUCUCGCCGAGACGACCUGGAGUCCCUGGGCUACGUGUUGAUGUACUUCAACCUGGGCUCCCUGCCCUGGCAGGGGCUGAAGGCAGCCACCAAGAGACAGAAGUAUGAGAGAAUUAGCGAGAAGAAAAUGUCUACCCCUAUCGAGGUGCUGUGUAAAGGAUAUCCAUCUGAAUUUGCCACGUACCUGAAUUUCUGCCGUUCCUUACGUUUCGACGAUAAGCCCGACUACUCCUACCUGAGACAGCUCUUCCGGAAUCUCUUCCAUCGCCAGGGCUUCUCCUAUGACUAUGUGUUCGACUGGAACAUGCUCAAGUUUGGUGCCAGCCGGGCCGCCGAUGACACUGAGCGAGAACGCCGGGACCGGGAGGAGCGGCUGAGACACUCUCGGAACCCAGCCACCCGGGGCCUCCCCUCCACGGCCUCAGGCCGCCUGAGGGGCACACAGGAGGUGGCCCCCCCAACUCCCCUCACCCCUACCUCACACACUGCAAACACCUCCCCGCGGCCUGUCUCUGGCAUGGAACGUGAGCGCAAGGUGAGCAUGCGGCUGCACCGCGGCGCCCCGGUCAAUGUCUCCUCGUCUGAUCUCACCGGCCGGCAAGACACCUCGCGCAUGUCCACCUCACAGAAUAGCAUUCCUUUUGAACACCACGGCAAGUAGGCGCCCGUCUCCACGGAAGGCAGCACUCGAUCCCCGGUCGGGUGGCACCCAGUGGUCUUCAGUCGGCCGUGCACCGGUGAGCCGCUCCGAGCGAGGGCGGACAUGCAUGGCUGAUCCACUCUGUACCAAUGGCUUCCUAGUGAUGCGCCCGACCUAGAGCAGGAAUGUUAACACCGGAGCUCGCCAGGCCUCACCCAGCGACGUGCACAGGACACACGGACUAGACGGACAGACACCACGUGCUGCCAGC